AUGGCAACAAAACACGAAAGAAACCAGGAGGCGUCCGUGUACAUUGGGAACCUGGACGACCGAGUCACAGACGAGCUGGUGUGGGAGCUGAUGGUGCAGGCCGGACCCGUCGUAAACGUGCACCUCCCCAAGGACCGUGUCACCCAAUCCACACAAGGCUACGGCUUCUGCGAGUUCCAGAGCGAGGAGGACGCCGACUACGCAGUCAAAAUUCUCAACAUGGUCAAGCUCUACGGCAAGCCCAUCCGCGUCAACAAAUCCUCUGCCGACCGGCGAACCCAGGACGUCGGCGCCAUCCUGUUUAUUGGCAACCUGGAUCCGGAUGUGGACGAGAAGCUCCUGUAUGAUACCUUUGGCGCAUUUGGCCAGAUGGUGCAGAAUCCGAAGGUCUCGAGAGACCCCGAGUCUGGCAACUCCAAGGGCUUUGCCUUUGUCAGCUAUGCCAGCUUCGAGGCUUCGGAUAAGGCGAUUGAGGCGAUGAACGGCCAGUACCUGGCAAACAAGCCGGUCAGCGUGGACUAUGCACUGAAGAAGGAUGGCAAGGGCGAGAAGCACGGGUCGGCAGCAGAGCGGCUGUUGGCGGCCAAGGCUAAGAAGAGCGACCCGGACGCCCACCAGCAGGCGUAUCCCCAGGCGUGGUGAAGGGAUCACUGGCGUGAUCACGCCGAUGCGCAAAACAAAAGCCUGUGGCCAAGAGCAUGAGCAGUCCACUGGUGACAAGGUUUUUUUUUUUUCUCAUUAUUCUCUUUUUCUUUUUAAUUUUAAUGGACCUCAUUCGCAUUACCAAAGUCGACCGCGUGCAUCUGGUCUGUAAUGGCACGCAGUAUGUCGGGGCGGUCCACCUGACUACGCACCACAUAAUUUUCAGCGCCGAGGGACUCGAGCUUUGGGUAAGCGUAGAAAGGUGCACAGCCGACAAUGCACAGCGCAGCCCAGUGCACUAAUUCACCCCCUCAUAUGUCUAGGUUGGGUACCCGCUUAUCC